CAACAACACUAGAUUAUAGAGAAUUCCACAGAAAAUACAAAAAUAUUUCAUAAUUUGGUGUCACGCGUAUAACGAUUGCAUAAUUGAAUUUGAAAGCUGGAAGAUACGAUAAAGACGGAGACGCCAAGAUCCAUGAGUAUAAAUGACACGUUGGAGCUGACACCAUCUCUAUAUCUCAUACUCACAUAGUCACAUCUCUAUAAAUAGAGAGAGAGACAUGAGAGUACGUAGUUACAGCUGCUCCACACUAAAAGACACUUUUGAAAAGCAAAGAGUUCUUUGAGUUUCGUCUUCUAUUUCCAACGCCUUUCUUACUUCUAAAGUGGCCAGAUUGGAAUCAGAAACAAGAGCCUCCUCCUUCAUUUACACAGGUAUUAGGUUGGUGGUAUAAAGAUGGUGAUGAAGAGUGUGGAUCUACGAUCAGACACCGUGACAAGGCCGACUUCUGCGAUGCGGGAAGCGAUGGCUAGUGCAGAGGUCGACGAUGAUGUUCUCGGCUACGACCCAACCGCUCGACGUCUAGAAGAGGAGAUGGCUAAGAUGAUGGGGAAAGAGGCGGCUCUGUUCGUGCCGUCUGGUACGAUGGGGAACCUUAUAUGCGUGAUGGUUCACUGCGACGUAAGAGGCAGCGAGGUGAUUCUUGGCGACACCUGCCACAUCCAUGUCUACGAGAAUGGAGGGAUAUCGACAAUCGGAGGCGUGCAUCCCAAGACAAUCAGGAACGAAGAAGACGGGACGAUGGACUUGGCGGCCAUAGAAGCAGCCAUUAGAGACCCUAAAGGAAGCACGUUUUAUCCAUCGACAAGGUUGAUUUGCUUGGAGAACACACACGCCAACUCUGGCGGGAGAUGUUUGAGCGCGGAAUACACAGAUUCUGUCGGUGAGAUUGCGAGGAGACAUGGAAUUAAGCUUCAUAUCGAUGGAGCUCGCCUUUUUAAUGCUUCCAUUGCACUUGGAGUUCCAGUCCAUAGGCUUGUAAAGGCUGCUGACUCUGUUUCGGUGUGCCUCUCUAAAGGUCUUGGAGCUCCGAUAGGAUCUGUAAUCGUUGGCUCACAGAGUUUCGUAGAAAAGGCGAAAACGUUAAGGAAAACAUUAGGUGGAGGAAUGAGACAGAUAGGCGUUCUGUGCGCAGCCGCUUUGGUCGCACUGCAAGAGAAUCUCCCUAAGCUACAAUUUGACCACAAGAAGGCCAAGUUGUUAGCUGAAGGGUUGAAUAAAAUGAAAGGGAUUAGAGUAAACGUUGCAGCCGUGGAGACCAACAUGAUUUUCAUGGAUAUGGAGGAUGGAUCAAAACUCACCGCUGAGAAACUACGCAAGAGUCUAACGGAGUAUGGCAUUCUCGUCAUCCCGGAAAACUCAUCCCGGAUCAGAAUGGUUAUACACCACCACAUAACAGCAAGUGAUGUGCAUUACACAUUGUCUUGCUUACAACAAGCUGUGCAAACAAUCCAGGAACCAAGCCGAAACUAAAUUGGCCAAACCUGAAUUGCGUUUUCUCCUUUUUUUUUUUUUUUUUUUUUUUAUAAAUAUUGUUCGUCUAUGUAAUUUUAAAUUAUAAUCAUAAGGAUCUCAAUGGAUUUGCCGCACUCGUUUCAUCCAUUUUAUCAUCGUUUCUUGUUUUACAUCUUACACAUAACAUAAGCCAUGGUAUGAAAAUGAUUGAGAAAAGGCGGAUAUGAGUGGAAUGGAUUUAACUCUCGCUGUCACAAGAAAAGUAAUUAGUCUACUUGUGGUGCAGUAAAAAAACUGCACUUAAAAAAUUAAAAGUAUCCAGAUGCUCAAGUGAGAGAUGAAACAAAACAUCCAAAGUUCUCAUUAAGAGGGCGU